AUGAACAGAGGAAGGGCAUCGACCCGGGGCACCCGGAGAGGCGCUGCUGCGGCAGGUUCACGAGCAACCGACGAGAGCAGCGCUGGCCCUUCCAAUACUCAAGCAACUUCGAGCAGUGCUACUCCAGCCCCUCAGAGCACAUCUUCAACACCAACUCGCGGCGGUGAUACCACCCGGGCAACACGAGCACCUGCGGCAGGUCGUUUCCGACCCAAGAAUGUUCGUCGAGAUGAGGCAGAAAGAGAUACUUUAGCCCGGCAGGAAGAACAAAAAGCCAGUGAGAGAGCGGCAGAUGAGCGUAAAGCUCGCGGUCGCUCACGAUUCAGAAGCAAGAGGAGUCGUGGUGACGCUAUGGGCAGAGGUGGUUUCGGUCGAGUGAUUUCAGGGGCCAGUGGUCCUUUCUCUUCCGGCGCAGGAGGAUCUGGUGGUCGGUUCGGCGGUGGAGGCGGAGGCAGUUUUGGAGGUGGUGGUAGUGCUGGUGGUGGACGAGGUUUCAAAUCAGACUCUAAAACUGGCUUCGCUCAAGCAACACGAAAUCGCGAGGCUCGAAUCAAUGCGGAUAAGCUCAACAUUCAUACACCCGACGAGGAGCUCGACAGCGAGGACGAAGCGAUGAUGGAGGCACUUAACUCCAAGGCUGUCAGUGUAUUGCCCAUCGGUAUAUAUCGACGAGAGCAUAAGGAUGAAGGCGUCAUUGUGGCCACCACAGCGGAACUGGAAGCCGCUGAAAAUGCUCAAGCCGUUCUUCCUCCACAAUCAAAGGAAGUAGAGGAGAGUCUUUGGGUGGAUGGUGACCCGGGUGAAAUCCAGCCAAUGGCUGAGAACAGAGAAGACGGAGGCAUUUGGGACAACGACUCAAAGCCCACUGUUAUCAAGAAGGAGCAGGACGACUCUAUGGACUUGGACCUUGAAAGUAAGGUGGAUACAGAGGCUGAGAGCAAAGACACUUCUGCGACACCAGUGCCACAAACCAAGAAACCAGCACAAGAAUCGGAAGAAGCCAUGAUCCGAUCAGAUCUAGAGAUUCUUGCCAAUGAACUGGGCGCAGUCGAAAUUUCCGAUGACGCAGAUGGAGAGGGAGAGGAAGAAAAAACUCAGGCUCCCAGCAACAAGGAUGGUCGCAUGUACUUGUUCCAAUUCCCUCCUGUUCUGCCACCCCUAAAACAGAUCGCCCAACCCAAGCCCAGCAAGAUCAAGCCCGAACCUACCGAGGGCGAAGAUAAUGUCCUCGAAUCAACACCAGCUGCAACCGAUGCUGCUCCCGUCGACCUCACCAACGACUCGAACAACACUGGCUUCAACAUCCCUGGCUUCGAAGAUCCAGAACAAAAGGCUGGUUUCAUGUCCAGUCUACUGUCUUCAGGUGGUAUGGUGGGUCAGCUCAAGGUACGCAAAUCAGGCCGUGUAGAGAUGGACUGGGGUGGCAGCACAAUGGAGCUGAGCCCUGCUGUUGGCAUGAACUUCUUGACAACGGCCGUCAUCGUCGAGGAGAACGAUGAAAAGCCCAGGCCGGGUGUUAUUGGAGGAGAGAGUAUUGGUAUGGGCAAAAUCAUGGGUCGUUUUGUCCUUGCGCCCAAGUGGGAUGAGGAGGAGGAAUGGGAGGUGUCAUCCGAAGACCUCAGAAUAUAG